ACUACUUCAAAUAGGACAACUUCGAUCGGUUGAAAUGCGGAAAGUCAAUGGAAGUGGCUUUCGGAUAGUUCUCCUGCUGAGCGUUCUGCAGAUUGCUGUUGGCCAGCUGGCAAGCGUUUGCCUUCUCGAAGAGGACGGCACUCGCCUCCCGCUGGCCACCCACUGUGCCCGCUUUGUGGUCUGCCAGAGGGGUGAGGUCGCCAUCAUUGGCAGCUGUCCGCGGGGUCUUCACUUCAAUCGGGAGCUGCGGGAGUGCGAUUUCCAGUGGCGAGCCAAUUGCCUGGGACUCUCGGCCUUCGCCGCAGAGGAUGAUCAGUGCACCUGCGACUGCUGUGCCGAGGAGUGCCAGGAUGCCAUCGAGGAGAUUGAGGAGACGACGACAACCGACUGUGAUCCGGACACGCCCACUUCGGUGACAUCGGAUCCCUCCGAUUCCACGGAUCCCACGGAUUCCCCGGCUCCCUCGGACUCCACCGAUUCCACGGACGAGACCACGGAGUACGAUGACGCGAGCAACUCCUCCAACACGACUCCUUCGACUCCUUCGGGCGUGGUGCCCUCGAAUUGCAAGAGUUCUCGCACGGAUUGCGUGGACAAGCCAACCGGCACCUACGUGGAGUUGCCCGGAAUCUGUGUGAGCUUCCUGCAGUGCAACGACAGGUGCGCCGAGGAGUUCACAUGUCCAUCGGGUCUGUACUUUAAUAAGAAUACAAACGAUUGCGAUUACUGGUGGGUGGUGGACUGCACCCCCACCGCCGAUGCCUCCGAUGAGGUGGUAGGUCCCUCGGGAACCACCUGCUCCAGCCAGGGGGUGUGCAGAGGCCAGAAGGACGGAGCCAUGCUCAAGGACCCGGACUCGAACGGAUACUUUGUGUGCCAGUGCCAGUGCCCCAUUGCGAUGCCCUGCUCCGAGGAGCUGACCUUCAACCAGACCGCCCAAGUCUGCGAUUGGAAGAGGAAUGCGAGUAAUUCGGAUAAUGAUGGGGAAGGUGCUGCCUCCUCCCGGGUUGUGUGUCCCGAUGGCCUGGUGUACAAUGCCACCGCGGAUCAGUGCGACUGGCCGGUCAACUAUGUGCCCGAGGUGCCGUGCAAUUCGACGAGCAGCGUGUGCCAAAAUCAGCCGGAGGGCGAGCUCUUCGCGGUGGAGGGCAAGUGCAACAUGUUCUACAAGUGCAACUUCAACUGCGCCGUGGAGCAGUACUGUCCGGACAACCUGGUCUACGAUCCUGAUAUCGAAGAGUGCACCUAUCCGCAGUUCUACGAUUGCCCGUGGGAAUACACCCGUCCAUCGGGUCCAAGUGCCGGUCCCUCGGGAAUCGCCUGCGAGGCAAACGGGCGCUGUUCAGGCAAACCCGAGGGCACCUACCUGCCCUCCACCACCGACUGCGGCAGCUUCUCCGUCUGCCAGUGCGAGUGCGAGGUGGAGAUGGAGUGUCCCGAGGGGUUGUACUGGGACCAGGAGAUGGAGACCUGCAACUACGAGACAGACGUGGCCUGCUCGCUUUAA